AUGGCACCCACAGAUGAAUUCAUCGCUCUAGUCCAUGAUCUGUCUAGCGAUGGACUCACUGUCACGUUAAUUGAUGCACCAACUAGGAAGCCCAAAGAACGAUCAAAAUCUACAGACAAUUGUAACACUCGUUCCCCAUCAAGACAAGUUGACGUAAAGGCAGACAUAUCCAGUGACAAUGAAAGCAAGAAGAAGAAGUACAGCUCUAUGUGUGGAGAAGUAUGUCCGAAUAAAGACAGUGAACUAAUACAUAAGAAGCUGUCUAAGAAGGUUGAUGUCCGCUACAUAAACCAGAUCAAGAAUUUUAAAGAAAGGAUCAAGUCUUCUUACGCGCUUUCUUGCAAUCAGCAACAAUGUCCCAAAAUCCGAGAGAGGCUGGCCCAACACCAACUUAUACAUCACCUUAAUGCAAAGAAAAUAGAAUAUGCUAGCGUCGCCCCGAGGAAGAAUCGUGACAAAGCUAUCAACGUCUCUCCAACACUAUCAAGAAUGAGAUUACCAAAGUUCACAUUACCGUUCUCGCACGAUGGUCGACUAGUCCAAACAGAAAUCACUAUGAGAGACUUCAGCCCUAGCCGAUUUCCACGAAAACAAAAUAACAGAAUAGUCAAUUUUGACAAAGAAAUAUCUCUUAAGAGAUCCGAAACAAGAGAAGUCUUAUCUAAGAGAAACUUCUAUAAAGAACAUUUAAAAAAUGAAAUACUUAAUUGGCUUCAUCAUAUACCAAUGUUUUACUCUUUAAACUUUACUACCAAAGAUAUAAAUCAUAAUAUAGUUCAUAAUUUAACGGAAAAGAUUAAUUCCCUAGCAAGCGUAGCUCAUGAACCAUCCUACGAAAUAAAAGUAAAGAUGGAAAUAGAGAACUGUUUGAAUAAGCUACCCAUGUGGCUGCAUGGAACAAAACGAGACCAAAUGUUAUUCAAAGACAGCUUAAGAGAUAAACUUUGGAAUAAAAUUCGAGGACUCAAUGAAGACUUCUUAGGAGUUAGGUAUGAGAAGUCAGUUGGCUUUCAAAAUUUUGUAGUAAACAAUGACCCAAUGAUAGUUUUUGAGAACGAAGUAAUUGCAUGGUCGCAGAAGCUCCAACUAGAUCCUUCAAGAGGAGUCACUAAAAAUCAUGUAGUGGCCUUAAUAAUGAAAAGAUUAACACCACUGCUGAAGAUACCACUUAACACGACAAGCUACAAGCUUAUUUUGAAAGGGGAAAUUAUAGAUAUUUUGGACGACACGCCACUUACUUUGACGAGCCAAAGAUUUAGGACUGUAUAUCUUAAUAGACUUGCCGAAGACCUUACCAAUCGGUUACUGACAGUCCAGAUAAAAAGUAAGGCAUCAAAAACUAGAACUGCUGAAACUAAUGUUUCAGUUUUCCAUCAAUGUGCCGGUCAGAUUAUGGGUAUACCUAUACCUAAAACACUCGGCAACUUGAAAGAACUUAUAACAGAUAGAGUUGGAGAAUGCUUAGAAAAAAUCAAAGUUUGCCAUCGUAAUGACCUCCAGACUGAAAUUUGUUCUUCAUUCCUAGAUUCUAAAACUCGUUUACGUACAGGUGAUGAAGUAAGCAUCAAAGAUAAAAUCUGCCAGUAUUUACGCGAUACUGGCAGAAUUUCAGGUGAAAGGACACACAUUGUCGCUAAUAUGAUAAUUGAACAAGUAAAAGAUAUUAUAUAUGAAACUAAACAAUCGACUGCAACCAGCUUUGAUUCAGUAAUACCUGAACUAUCAAGUACAGUUACAAUAUUCAGGUGGGAUUUUCAAAAGAAGGGACCUGAUGCACCUGUUACAUCGACUCCAAUCAAAUCGAGUAAAAAAGAAAUACCAAAACUAAGUCCUGAAGAAAUAUCUUACAUAGAUAACGUAUCGAAUGUAAUAAGAUCGUGGAUGGAAACGUUACCAAAACAAUAUAACGAAGAUCUUAAUUUCAAAGAAACUAUAAUACACGAUCUAGCUGGCGAUCUCAUGGAUCAUUUCAAAGUAGAACAGUUAGCACCAGACACGUUCCCCGAUAAAGAAAAAUAUCAAAAAUAUGUAUUGUACAGAUGGUUAUUCAAAUUCAACUUUUUCGAAGAUGAUAAUAUUGCCGAAGCUGCUAAGCCACAUAUAGCUGAUUUUCUUAACAGAUUAAAGAAAGUUCCAGUACCUAACUUGACUGCAUCUCAUCAUGGCACUCGACAAGCUAUGGAAUAUAUGAAACAUAUGGAGGGCGAGAGAGGCUGGGAAGAAGACUAUAUACCGAAAGGUAUUGACGUUUUAGAAGACCAGAUAUCAGUAUGGAUAAACGAACAGCCGUCGGAAAUUUAUAGCAACAGAGAUAAGAACAGAAGAGAUAAAAUGGUUCAUGAUUUAGCUCUUAAUUUACAAGAUCGUCUGCGAAAUAAGAGCCCAGAAUCUGAGAUAGACAAUGAGAUUAACAGUUGGCUCAAAAAAAUGUUAAAAUACAAAGAAAGGGAGCACGUAGGAGUGCUAUCUCAGGAUUUAAAGGAAAGGAUAAUUCAUGUACCUCAAGACCGAACUUUAGAAGCUAGACAUGAGGAAAGGCAACGCUAUAUAGCUGCAAAGAUUGCCGCAAAGAAACUAAUGAAAGCUGGACCAUCGGACCAAAUCCCACGAGAUGUGAGCAAUAUAGGCAACAUACAGGGUGAUCCUGACAGAACUAUCAGAGAAUUUAUUCCUCUUUACAUUGAACGUCAUUAUAAUAUUGAUGAUCCUUUAGUAAUCAGUGCUUUCUCUCACUCACUGAAAACAGAAUUAAGAAGACAAGACCUUUACACUAGGAAGGAAAUAUACGAGUUUUUUGAACAGUCAAAAGUUCAUGAAAGAUUUAGACCUGAAAAAUAUAUCAAUAAUUUAAGCUACAUAAAAAUUAUAUCGAACUGGUUAAAUGAGAUUCCUAUAGAACAAUAUUUCAAUACGCCGGAUAAUGAAACCAGAAUAGAAUUUGUAAACGAUCUCGCUUUGAAUAUUGAAGAAAUUGAAGUACAAAGAUAUCAAAAUCCAAACGCAAUGGAAUAUAAUUACCUGACAGCUUCCAUGGUACUACAAACAAUGCAUACGUAUGGUCUACCUAUACUGCAUGAACAUAAAGAUUACACUCCACUGAUGGUGGAACAAUUACUUCAAAGACUUGCUGAAAGACCUCCUAUAUCACCAAGAGAAACUCCUAGAAGUCAUACAACAUCACUGGGCGACGAUUCAUUAAGCCAAUCAUUAAACGCAAGUGACAUAAAAGAACAGAAUUUAAGCGAUUUUAUUGAUGAUUAUAUUCGCAUAAAUGGUAGGGAAAUGGCUGAUGAUGAGAUAAAACUUGAAAUCUGGACCAGUAAUUUGUAUAAAGAAGUGAAUAAAAUGAUUAGGAAUGGAAUGAAUCCCUCAGCACCAAACAAAGCUCAGCUCUGUGACAAAUUCGCUGACGUCCCCACACCAACAGAUGACGAUGUUAAGCGCUUUAAUACUAAAUACAGGACAGAAAUCAUUGAUUGGAUGAAAAAUCUCCCAAUCGUCCCAAACUUUGAACUUGAAGAAAAAAGACCCAAAAUGAUUUUUGAAUUGUCCGAAAAAAUGCGUGAAACUGACGCAUUGAGACGAACGCAUCCUCACGAUAUAUGUAAUGAUGCGAAAUUAGAAAAGUAUAUCGGUGAUUGGAUAUCAAAAUUACCACUAGAUGAAAGCAGGCCAAUCGUAUUGCCAAUAGUAACACAACAACUGAUGAGUAGAAUGGAUAAAGUAAAUAAUAUCAUUCAAGAAAAAUCUAGUAAUAAGUCAUUGCUUUCAUCUUCAUUAAAAUCUGAUUCUAACAAUAGUAUCAUCAACUCCAAAAGUCUCAAAAAGAGUACAUGUAUAGAUAUAAAUGAUAGUAAACAAAAUGUUUCUAGAAAGAGUAGCAAGAAUUCUAUAUGCAGUUUAUUCAAAGCUAGGAAAUCUCCAGCAGAAUCAAUAGUUGAAGCCAUUGAAUCUUGGUGCAACAAGUUACCUAUCAAAGAUAAAGAUAAAGAGGCAGUAAAAACAAUGAAACAAGGCAUUGCUAGGAAAUUGUAUCAAAAAACUGGCGAACUGAAUUUAGACCCAAGAAUCUUUAAUGAUGACCUACUUUACCGAGAGAUGUUAGGUGAUGAAAUAGAUACGCAAUUAGAGAAUGUUCCGCAAAAUCCUGAAUUGCAAAAAAAUAGAGAAAACCUUAAAGAGUCGUUGUUAAACACUAUUAUGGAAACUAACCAAAUUAUCAAAGAAAAAUCUAAAGGCGAAAAUUAUAGAAAUAAAUUAGAAACCACUUUAGAUGCGUCGAUUCCAAACCCAGUGCAAAGUACGCAAGUAUUCGAUCCAGGAUUUGAGAUGUACAAAAAUCACUUAGCCGAUAUGUUUAUUUUAGAGAACUUUGAUCACGCUAAUGACGAUGUUAAGGCAAAUUAUGAGAAAAAAAUAAAACAAGAAACUGAUAAAUAUUUCGAAAGCGCACGCAACAGGAAUGCUCUACCUUUGACAAAGGACCAAAUUUACAACGAACUCUACAGUGCAUUAUUCAAAGUUCCUAUGCCUAAUGAAACAUCAGUCAUUGACGAAGUGGAACAAGUUAAAACGAGAUGUGAAAUAGAUGGAUGGUACGACAUGCUUCCUGUGGAACAUACAGAUAAUCUGAUUGAACUAUUAGAAAGGGACAAAAUACUUUCUACACUCGCCAAGAGAGUACAUGACAUAGAAAAGGCGAAUGAUGGUAAGGUUGAUGACCAAAUAAUUAAAGAAACACAGAAAUGGCUUGAAAAACUUCCUCUGACUCCUAGGCACGAAGGACAUGACGUUUACGCGAAAAAAUUAUUAAAAAUCUUAAAAUCAACAACAAAAGCAAGAAAAUAUGUGCCUCCUGAUAAAACAUGUAAAGGGAAAUGUAAAGCAGGAAAAGGAAGUAAAAUUAAGAAGUCUAAGAAAGCUACGCCACAACGGCAAUCAAAAGCAACUCACGCUAAACCUUGCAUCCAAGUUACACCUAUGGUUAAUAAAAAGCCAGGUGACCUCAUAGUGGAAACAGUGGAUGAUUGGUGUAAUCAACUGCCAUUAAAUUCAACAGAGGAUCAAAAUAAAGUUAUUAGAGACAACAUAUCAACCAGAAUCAUAAUACAAAUCAGCGAAUUAAACAUGGACCCAGAGAUUUUUAAUGAUGAUGUGGUUUAUACUGAAUUAUUAGAUGAGGAACUUGAAGGAAUAAUGUCAAGUAUACCUGUUAACCGUGAUUUUGAAAAUAGCAAACUUGCGAGAAAAUAUCAACUUAUAACAGCGGUAAUGUCAAUCAAACCAUUAAUCAAAGAAGAAAAAGCAAGGUACGAGUACAAACAAGAACUCGAUAGCACUGUAGCUAGCAUAUUAAAAGAACCUGAAGACACCUCAGCAGAGAAAUUAGCCUUGUUCAAUAAAUUAAAAGAAGAAAUUAUAGAGGAUUUUGUACAAUAUAAAUAUAACAAAAAUGAUGAGGAAUUAAAACAGCUUUAUAAGAAACAAGUUCACGAUACAAUUGUCAAAUAUUGUAUACAGAUAAGAGAAAAAUGCAUAGAUGAAGAAAUGGAUCCAUUAGUUCGACGAAACCAACUACUUUGUGAAUUAGAAAAAAUACCUGUACCACAAACAGCUUUAUCGGAAGAAGUAGCUGAAAUCAAAAUGAAAAAAGAAGUGGAAGAAUUACUUCGCCAACAAUCAGUUCCCGAAGGAGAGACAACAAAUAAAAUUAAAAAACAUCUCGCUAAAAGAUUAUGUGACCUCGAAAAAUCAGGUUACACUCAACCUAACGAAAAGAAAAUGAAAUUAGACAUUAAUAGGUGCUUCAAAAAGCUAAACACAGGUAUAAGUCCUAAAGAUGUUGACGAGUUUAUUAAUAAACUGAAAAACAAUGAAACGGAAAGAAAAUUGCCACCACUUACCUGCAGUCAAGCUGCUGAGCUUAAUUCUCCGCGACCCAUGGGAACAUCUGGGUCAAUUUACGUCUCCCGAGACCAUGUGUUAACAAUAAGAAAUCAAGAUAGCGCAAAAUCUCCUCAAAAACACAUUUCUUCUCAAGUGCCUUCGCAUUACGACACUGGAGAGCAAUUCUUGUCUUUGCCUGAGACAGCAAAUCGCAUGCCUUACUCAAGUUAUCAAACUCCGUCACAGCCUGGCGCAGAAAAUCUAAGUAGAUAUCCACAAGCACCACCGCAGUUUGAUCAAAGUGUAGCAGAGUCAUUUUCGAUAAGAAAUCAAGAUGACGCAAGAUCUCCGCAAAAACACAUUUCUUCUCAAAUUCAUCCGCAGUACGACACUGAAGAACAAUGGGUGUCAAUGCCAGAAACAUUAAAUCGAAUGCCAUAUACAAGUUUUCAAAAUCCUUCCUUUCCUGGAACAGAAAGUCAUAGCAGGCAAGCAGCACCGCAAUUCGAUCAAAGCGUGGCAGAGCCAAUGGACUAUAGUGACUUUGAGGCUGGAAAUUUCCUAAGCUCAUCAGUAGCUGCUCCUAAUUACUACCCUCAGACAUCGAAUCAAGUCCCAGGACAGUUUAAUGUUUCAAGUGAUCAGCCAGUUAUUGGACUCAGCCAAAGAUCUGUAAACCAAUACUAUCAGGCCCCACAACAAACUUCUAGAGACGUUAUGAGAGAAUCAACAUCAGGUCGGAUGCAAUCACCGCAAAGUUUUGGACAGGUAGCCAUUCCCCAGCAAGUAGCUCAGAGUCCAAGAGGCGCACACUCACCAAGCAAUGCGGUAUCACCGGGGAAUGUAACACCAGAGUCUUUGUUCCAAGCACCGGUUUACAGACCUGUGCCAUUUCAGCGACCGUUGUCUGUUCCUCCUGGUCUCGAGCCAAGUCCCAUGCAGGGCCCACCUGGGUCCACCCCAUCACAAAAUGAUCAGCGAAUGCCUAUGGCUGAGUCUGCCAAUCCCCUGGCUGUUGGUCGUCACUGUCUAGCCAUGCCUACACGUCGUCGCAGGCUGCUGGGUUACAGGGGCGAUGAAGAAAUUUGCAUUUGUGAAAGAUGUACAGAAAGAAAUUGUAAAGGAAUUCCUCUUUGUGUGCUGGCGAUGCAAAAGUAUUUCGAAGAAUGUUUUGGCCUCCCCGUAUGCAUGCAUUUUCCCGAAUGUUUUCGCCAGUGA